CUAUAACCAAAGUCGUAUGACCUCUGACUUUGUCUGUAAGACACGCCGGCAGUGAGUUCCAGAUUUCCACCACCCUCUUAGUGAAAAACUGUCUCUCCGUACUCCGGGGGAGGGGGGAAGGAAUAUUGUGUUGCAAAGCCAAUCUCUUUCAACGCGCGCUCGAACCGAAGUCAGGAACCAUUGGCAGGAGGACUAAACCUGCAGGAUGAAACCCCACAAGGUUUCCUCAUCCGUCAUCCCAACAACUCAGCAUCGACUACAGGUCCAAACGAUGCUGCCAGACCUGCUGAGCUUUACUAGCAACUUUGUUUUUGUAUUGCAACCUGCUCUCUUGUCCUCAUUCUUAUAUCAGAGUCGCUUCAAUAUCCAGCACAAACUGAAUUACAAGCCUGACGCACAAACAAUGAGAAACAAAUCACUCACCGACACAAAUCCCAUUGAGAUCAUUUUCGGAUUCAGAACGGGCAGCUUUUCAAAGAAAAAAGACUGGGGAUUUUUCCGGAAAAGCUUUUGGCACGUUUGUGUGACUUUUAACCGUGGCCCUUUCACUCGGGGAUUGCAUCAGUGUUGCUUGCUGGUUGAGUGGGAUGUAAUCUCCCUGCAUUUCCAUGAGCGUGUGUUGGGAGGUUGCUCUCGGCUUCGAGGAUCUUGUGACGCAGGGCUGGGCGGGGAGCUGCUGCUUGAAGCUGCAGUGGCCGCUUUCUGCUGGAAGCGGGUGAUUGGAGAGCGCAGGCACAAAACCUUGACGCUUUUCUGCUUUUUCCCAAUCUCUUUCACAGUGGAGCCGAGGAAGAGCGAAUCAUUGAUGAGUUUGUUUGAAUUCAAGCAACAGCUCCUGAGUUGGAGGCUGCCCGAGGUGGACGGCGGCGAGAGCGAGAGUCGGAAGACAGGGGCGCUCAAUGGCGAAAGGGGGAGCAGGCAGCCUGGUAGCAAGGCGGCGAGACCAGUCAGCCUGGUGUGGCGGCAUGAGCAAGGUUGAGGCCGGAGCGGGGGAGGUCGAGCCCUUGUGAGGAAUGCAUCCCCAGCAUGGCCAGGCGCUCACAGACUGUGGUAUAGAACUUUUAACGGUGAUUCUUUUUUUUCUUUUCCCUACAUUUUAGAACGAAGGAGUGUAAUGUGCCUUUGUAACUAAAUUGGCGCUGUAAGUGGCGACUCGUAAACUUUUCUCUGUACUCAUGUGACAAUAAAGCUAACUUUAAUUCUAAUUCA